CUCUUGUCCCAGUUAAAAAGAGCUUCUCCCAUUCGUACCUUGUUUUUUUUUUGGUGUCACUGAGGAUCUGGCAAAAGACAAGAGCCCAAGGAAAGACACAUUUGAAGACUGGCUUAUUUUGCUGCACUGACAAGAAUGCUGUGAUAGCCUACUUCAGUUUCCUCUGCUGACAGGUUGUGGGCAAAGUCUACGCUGUCAUAUUCACGUACAUGUGUCGAGAGUACACGUCUCAGCUAAUGCACCAUUAUCUCAAAAAGAGAAAAAGGUUUACCAUCAUGAAGUGAGGUAGGAUGUGAAGCACUCACCCCGUCUCCACGACAUGAUGUCACAGGACAGAAGAAGAAUUUGGGAAGGGAGUGGAAAGCAGAUGCAGUUGUUUAUUCUCGCCUACCUUCUCCUCCUGGCCUUACCAUGCAUGGGCUUCCUCCCCAACUUUUGGUCCAGAGUGCUAACGUUGUCAUGGGACUCACACACACACCAGUACAUCACUGAGCAGGCUAUUCUCAAUGUCACCCUGGAGACCCUGAGGAGCACCAAAACAUCUCAGGGGAACAAUGAAGAGGAACAGACCAGACUGGGCCGUGGCUUCUGGAGAGCUGUGGGAGAGGUGGUGAAGUCCAAUGCGGCCAUGGACUUCCUGAGCAGCACCAGGUCCGACCCGGUGUACCACUUUGAUUCGGAGCAAGUGGACAGCGCCAUGGGGAUGUUACGGCAGUUCUGGGCUCAGACUCUGCUCUCAGUACGGGCCAAAGAGUACCAAAGUGCUCGUCACAGCUUGGGACAGCUGUUUCACUCGCUGCAGGAUUUCUACAGUCACAGCAACUGGGUUGAGAUGGGCCAGCGCUCCAUUUACCUCCACCUGCUGCAGCCAGAGGAGCCUGCCGUGCCUGUGGCUGAAGUUCCUCAAAUGUGA